CCCCCGUGCCUCUCCGGCCGCUCCUCACUCCCUUCCUUGUCCGAUGCCGAACGCAAAUCCGAGCACGUUCUCGAGAGCUGAGAAGGGAAUGUGGCGGGCGCGCGAGGAGACUUGCGGCCGCUUCGGGGCUGGCGCUGGCGUCUUUCUCCUUCUCCCCUGGUUUGGGUGCUGAGGCCCGAAACCAGAGUGCGGCAGUGUGGCUCCCGGGCCCCGGGCAUGGAGGCCCCGAAGGCCGUGCCCGCUCAGGCUGAGGGCGCGGAGCAGGAGCCCUGGGCGCAGCUGGAGGCCCCCGCCCGACUACUACUACAGGCGCUGCAGGCGGGGCCUGACGGGGCGCGGCGCGGUCUGCGGGUGCUGCGGGCGAUGACCGGCCGCGGCGGAGAGCCCUUCGGCUGGGGCCGGGUCCUCCAGGCGCUGUGCCGGGAGGAGCCCAUGGUGGAGGGCCCAGACUGUCGCCUGGAGCUGAAACCGCUGCUGCUACAAUUGCCCCCAUUAUGCCAAAGGAAUCUGAUGUCUCUGCUGAUGGCUGUUUGGCCAUCACUGCCUGAAAGCAGUCUCCUCCCUGUACUGCAGAUUGCAUACCAGGACCCAAGCCCUGACCCUGAUCUCUGGCUCCGGGCCCUUGGGGAAUUGCUGCGAAAGGAUCUGGGUGUUGGGGCCUCCACUGAGGGAGCAUCCCCACUAUCUGCAAGGUGCCAGAGACAGCUCCGAGGCCUGUGUAGGCAGCUGGGCCAAGGGGGCAGGAAGCUGAGAUGGCCCCAUGCUCCAGACCCCAAAAAGGAAGAAGAGAAGGACAAGGACUCCCAGUGGCCUGGGAAACGCAGAAAGGGGCCAGAGGAAGAGUCUGCCAGUCCUGAUUGGGAAAGGGCCCCCAAAAGGUUCCGGUGUUUGGAAAAGGAAGAAGAGAAAGAGGCAGGUCGUCAGGAAGCAAGACCUGAACGUGAAUCUUCGGAGUCCCUGGCUGAUGGAGGAGGUGCAUCACCCAUUGAGAAGCAGCCUGCCAUGGGGGCUGAGCCCAGUGAGGCUGCUCCAAGUCUAGAGGAUGCUAAGGGCCUACCUGAGAGUUUGGAGUUGCCCAAAGCUAUCCAGGAUCAGGUUCCCAGGCUGCAGCAGCUGCUCAGGACCUUCGGGGAGGGGUUGGAGGGAUUGGAGGGUGCCCCACCAGUUGAGCUGCAGCUUCUCCACGAAUGCAGUCCCAGCCAGGUGGACCUGCUGUGUGCCCAGCUGCAGCUCCCACAGCUCUCAGACGCUGGCCUCCUGCAGCUCUGCACCUGGCUGCUGGCCCUUUCCCCAGAUCUCAGCCUAAGCAAUGCUACUGUGCUGACCAGAAGCCUCUUUCUUGAACGGAUUCUCUCCCUUACUUCCUCAGCCUCCCGCCUGCUCACAACUGCCCUGACUGCCUUCUGUACCAAGUAUACCUACGCUGUCUGCAGAGCCCUCCUUGGCCCUGUGCUCCAAGCCCCAAGAACAGGUCCAGCUCAAACAGAAUUACUGUGUUGCCUUAUGAAGGACAAGGCCCUGGAGCCAGACAUGCAGGUUCUGAUGCUGGGACAGAUCCUGGAGCUGCCGUGGAAGGAGGAGUCUUUCUUGGUGUUGCAGUCACUCCUGGAGCGGCAGGUGGAGAUGCCGCCUGAGAAGUUCAAUGUGUUGAUGGAGAAACUUUAUAAAGAGGGGCCAGCAGCCACCAUGUCAAUGGCCUAUGCCAAGCUCAUGCUGACAGUGAUGACCAAGUAUCAGGCUAAUAUCACUGAGAUCCAGAGACUGGGCCUGGCUGCAGCCAUCGAGUUCAACACCACAUUCCUGAGGAAGUCCCUACAGGCUGCCCUGAGACAUCUGACCCUCUGACCAUCCACCAAGGGACCACCCUCCUGGAGCUCCCUCACCAGCUUCCUAAAGGACACUUCUGCCCUGGGCACCUCACCCUGACUCCUCAUGUGGGGUAAAGGUUGAGCUUGGCCUUCCUAGGGAUCACCUGCCUCCAGGCAGCAGGCUGCAGAGAGGCCAUCUGGGCCUCCCAGCCAGCAGGGAGGGUCCCAGUCUACGGGGACUGGAUAAACUAUAUUACUAAGGGCUGCUGACUGUGAGCUCCCUCCUUGUCACUUCUCCCUCAGGCUGUGGGGACAGAAACUUUAAGGUAGGCUUCAGUAGGGUCCAACCAGACGCAGAGUGGACGAAUGAUACUCCAGGAGCUCUGGGGGACCUGUGUGCUCAGCACAAAUCUCUUGUUCUCAGGUGUAUGUUACGAUCUUCUGUGUUCUUGUUUCUGACUUGAAUAAUAAUUCAUCAACAGUAUUUUAUUAAAAGCAGGAGGCUCAAUUAUGUCUUAUUAGAAGCAGGGCCUGCCUUCCUCUUAA